AUGUUAACGCCACACGGAGGAGUUUUACAGGAUCUUAUUCAAAGGGAUGCUUCUAAAAAGGACGAACUCUUGAAAGAAGCGGAACAACUAAGAAGUAUUGUCCUUAAUGCAAGACAAACAUGCGAUCUUGAACUUAUCUUGAAUGGUGGCUUUUCGCCAUUAACGGGUUUUUUAAAUCAAAAUGAUUACAACUCAGUUGUGCAUGAUCUCAGACUUUCCGAUGGAACAUUAUGGCCUAUGCCAAUCAACUUAGAUGUGUCUGAGAAGGUCGCUUCUCCUUUGAAACCAAAGGACAGAAUCGUUCUUAGAGAUCCAAGAGAUGACGAGCCAUUGGCAAUCAUUACUAUUCAGGAUAUCUACAAACCUGACAAGGAUGUAGAGGCCAAGGAAGUUUUUAGAGGUGACCCAGAUCAUCCGGCCGUUAGAUAUCUAUACGAUGUUGCCGGUGAAUACUACAUUGGUGGUAGUCUCGAGGCCAUAAACCUCCCAAGACAUUAUGAUUAUUCGGAAUUGAGAGAGACACCAGCUCAGCUUCGUUCUGAAUUUGCUUCGAGACACUGGACGCGUGUUGUUGCAUUUCAGACAAGAAACCCAAUGCAUAGGGCCCACAGGGAAUUAACAGUUCGUGCGGCUCACGACAAACUUGCAAAUGUGUUGAUUCAUCCGGUUGUCGGUCUCACGAAACCUGGAGACAUUGAUUAUCACACUCGGGUUAAGGUCUAUAGGGAAAUUAUUAAGAAAUACCCAACUGGUAUGGCCAAACUGGCUCUUUUACCAUUAGCAAUGCGUAUGGGAGGAGACAGAGAGGCUGUCUGGCAUGCAAUUAUCAGAAAGAAUUAUGGUGCAACUCACUUUAUUGUGGGAAGAGAUCACGCUGGUCCUGGUAAGAAUAGAAAUGGCGUUCCAUUUUAUGGUCCAUAUGAUGCCCAAACUCUAGUUAAGAAGUACGCAAAAGAAUUGCAAAUUCAGGUGGUUCCUUUCCGCAUGAUGUCAUAUCUCCCUGAAGAGGAUAAAUAUGCACCAGCAGAUACAAUCCCAGAGGGAACCAAAACGCUCAACAUUUCUGGAACUGAGCUCAGACGGAGACUUAAAACUGGUGCUAAAAUUCCCGAGUGGUUUUCUUAUCCAGAGGUCGUCGAAAUUCUUAGAACCUCAUACCCACCACGUCCAAAGCAAGGGUUUGCGCUCUAUCUAGCUGGCCUUCCUUACUCCGGAGUCUCUGCUUUAGGUAAUGCUCUCCAAGCUACAUUCAAUCAAUUUAAAGGAGGCAGACAUAUUACGUUGCUUGAUGGCAGUGGCAUUCCAUCAGAAGCAUAUCCAGAAGUUAUAUCACAACUUAUAAGAUCUGGAGCAGGUGUUAUUGUCGCGGACUCUAAGAACACUGGAUCUUUCAUUUUGGUUUCGGUUGAAACUCCUCUUGAACAAAGGUUGAAACAUGAUAGAUUUGGCUUUUACAACAAACAUCCGGAGGCUAAGGAGGUGAAGACCAUCAAUGAUGCAGAUAUUGUUGCUGACCUUUCAAAUGAUGGAAUCUAUGUGUCCAUUAGUAAGAUUAUUCUUUAUCUUGAGGAAGCUGGAUUCUAUAAAUUUUAG